AAAUUGUAACGGCCUUAUUUUGGAUUUCGUCUUGUUUUGUUAAAUUGCCUCAUUCAAAAGUGCAGAAAAACAAUAAAAUUUUCGUGAAAAAUGGAUCCAAAUCAACCACAACCGCCUGUCAUUAACCCCUUGGCCAACUACCAAUUCAGUUCAGAUGAAUUGCGUGUUCUGAAGGAAUGUGAAAGAAUUUCUUUCUGGCAACGAAGCAUCCCAUUUGCGACAAUUGCAGGAGCUCUAACUUAUAUGGGCGUCAAACAAGGAGUUUUAAGUCCCUCGAAGAAUCCUCGCUUAGGUCCCAUCCCAAAAGUGGCUUUUGCGGCAUUUUUCGGCUACAUUGCCGGCAAAAUCAGCUACCAAAAUGAGUGUGCGGAGAAAUUGAUGACUUUGCCGAAUUCGAAAUUGGCUGAAAUUCUGCGUCAGAGGAAAAAGGGACCUUUUUACGGGCAAAUUUCGCCGGAUCAGGGCUUCGGAACGGGCUUGGCGUUGCAACCUUUCUCGUCGUAUGGCGGCGAUUCGUACAGCGACGAAGAAGCAAAAUCCUUCAAGUCGUCUUCAUUGAAUUUAGAUGAUUCGAGGCCAACUUUUUCCGGUUUGGAUGAUGUGUAUCGCCCUAAUUUAGAUACUCCGCCAGUUGCGAACUACGAUGACUUGGCGCCGAUUGAAACAAAGCCCGGUGUGACUUACGACGACCUGCGAAAGAAAAAUCGUGAAGAAUUUUACAAGAAACAAGGACAAAUGCCGCCUCCCGUGAACGAACAACCGAUUUACAGACCUCCGCCGGUUGUUAGGGCGCCGCAACAACCUUCGCCUUACGAGCCGCAGCAACAAGUGCCGCAGCAGGAGCACGAAAGUCAGCGAAAAAAUCGUUAUGGCGACGUUUGGGCUUAAAAUUUCUCAUCUAGUCGUUGCAAAAUCAUAAAAUUUUUUAGUAGUUACAUUAAAUUUUCGCUUUAUUACCAAUA